GGAAGCUUGACACCGCCUAGACAGACCAGUGACAGCGGCGCUUUGAAGUAGCAGAGACCGAGAAAGGCACUUCAGAUCUGGGCUGGUGCGCACUUUAAUCCCAAAAACGACGAAGUUUAUUUUCUUCCCCAGUAAUUUAUAGAAACGAAGUGGACUCGCGCCGCUGAAACUUACCUGAAAUUAACAAGACCGACUAGACUUGGAGGACAAGUUUAGAAUUUUUUUCCGUUUGCACAAGAUUUUUUUAAAAAAGUUGUUUAUAUAUCAGUAGAUAGGGAACUAUUUUGUUUAUUAUUUGACACUCUUUGGUGUAGGAGAUGGAAGCAUUCGUGUAUCUGGUCCUUGUGUUUUCCAUUACGGCGGGGGUGAAGGGCAGCUGUGGGCCCGAGUGUCACUGCCCCGAGACCCCUCCGAGCUGUGCGCCGGGCAUCAGCCUGAUGACCGAUGACUGCAAAUGCUGCAAGGUCUGCGCACGGCAGUUCAACCAGGACUGCAGUGCCAUGGAGCCGUGUGACCACGUCAAGGGGCUUGAGUGUCACUACGGCUUGAGCGACGGCGCAGCACGGGGCAUCUGCCGAGCAAAAUCCGAAGGGAGGCCUUGUGAAUUUGCUGGGAAUAUCUACCAGAAUGGAGAAAACUUCAAACCCAACUGCAAGCACCAGUGUACAUGUAUCGAUGGUGUGGUGGGUUGCAUGCCACUGUGCCCUCAGGAGUUCACUCUCCCAGCCAUGGACUGCCCCAAGCCUCGGUUGGUCAAGGUGCCAGGCCAGUGCUGUGAGGAAUGGAUCUGUGACACCAACCAUAUCGGCGAAGACUCUGGAGACAGCACUGAGGAAGCAGAGGACUCCAUGAGUUAUGAGGAGAUUGGAGACCAGCCAGAUUCAGAGCCGCUGUCGAGCAAGGAGCUGACCGAUCUUGUUCGAGCGGGCUUACAGAUAGAACCAGCCUGGAGAGUACAGGGCCACGGCGGGAACUCGAAGUGUCUGGUACAGACCACCGAAUGGUCGCAGUGCUCCAAGACGUGCGACAUCGGGAUCUCCACCAGAGUGACCAGCGACAACCCCCAGUGCAAGCUGAUGAAGGAGACGCGCCUUUGCCAGCUCCGCCCCUGUGACCUGCCACUCAAUACCAACCUCAAGAAGGGCAAGAAAUGCUUCAGGAUGAAGAAGGCCAAGGAGGCUGUGCGGUUCACCUACGCCGGAUGCACCAGUGUGCAGAGGUACAAGCCGCGCUGGUGUGGCUCCUGCACGGACGGGCGCUGCUGCACCCCCUCGCAGACCCGCACCAGCCACGUGUGCUUCCACUGCGAGGACGGCAAAACUUUCUCCAAGAGCAUGAUGUGGACGGACCGGUGCCAGUGCCAUUACAACUGCGCCUAUCAGAACGAGAUCUCCUACCCUUACUACAUGCUGCAUAAUGACAUCCACAAGUUCUCCGAGUAGGCAGGACAAAGGAAAAGGAAACUGCUGAAUUGUCCAGACUGACACCAACUUGACAUGUCCACCACUCAGCUUUGCUGCCUCUUCACCGGCAGCUAUACCUGUCCAGUUUAUUGAACUAUUUAUCCAACCUUAAAGACUUGACUGAUGGCUAUUGGCAGCAUUGGCUCCUGCAGCACAUUUAAAUUUUUAUCGUCUGGUUUAGGAUUGGCUAGCUGUCGUGCCUAUUGACUGUUAGUUCCAGUGGUCCAUGCACAGUACACCUCCCAUAGUUCUCCAAGACUCAUCUUUAGCUGGUCUUUUGCUCCGUUCCAUAUCAUUGUCCUGCAAACCGGCUGGCCAUUUGAACUAGAAGAUUGUACUAACCAGAAAAGACAUGAAAAAUUGCAAAGUCUUCCAUUGAUUCAAAGAAUGGAAUCAGCUGUUAAGAUUUGCACCUCUGAAAAUUAUUUUUAUUUUUAAAGAAUCGAAGACACAGAUGCCAUCUAGCCAGGAAAGAAAAAUCUUCAAACAAGAAUUUAAUAGGUUGGUUUGUGACUUGAAUCUCUUCUAAGCCAGUUUUUAGAUUUGGUUUAGAAAAGAUUAAAUUAAUUGUAACAAAACAAGUUCAUAUUGGCAUUUCUACUUGCCUAAUUUAAUCAGAGUUAGUGUUAUUGUAAAUAAAGCUGCAGAUGUUUUUGUUAAUGUUAUUUAAGGUCAUUGGACAUAAUUUCUCCUUGAAGUUGAUAACAGAAUCGACAUGUCUAUCUGGUGGAUAUUUGAAUGUAGUGCCAACAAAAUAAGGAUUUUUUGUUUCUGUAUUGUGGCUUGUUCCUCCUCCAGAACAAUGCAGAAACUAUCCAAGACAUAUUGAGGGGUUGUCGUCUCGGCUUAUGACUGCAUCCGCUCGAUGUCAAUAACGGUUCAAUUUUGCUCUCCUUGAGGAGACUUAAGAUGGUCAGAGCUCAGGUUGACUCUGCGAAGCCUUGAUUUAACAGCAACUUCUGAAAAUAUGUCCAAUGGUACCAACAACUUUUGGUGGGUUCUAAGACAUUCUGCAUAGCACUUCUGAACGAGUUGAUGAGCUCUGCGUCAAAUGGAGAUUCGGGGUCUGACUGGUUUUCCAUUUGAGAAGCCGAAGCUAUCAGUGACUGGUGUGAGUUAUUGAAAGUGACUGAGGGAAAAGUAUGAGACAACUUAACCCAUGCUCCAAUCUCUCUCUGAGAUUUGCAUGAAUAUUUUAUUCAUUUGUCCUUUCCCUAUAUUUGUGUUCCCCUGCUCGCCUCAUGCCACACCAGGCUUCGGAAUUGUGCUGCAAACUAUUGGCACCAACUUUCAGUUUUAACUCUCCUUGCUGGCAAGAGAAGAGUGGUUUCAGACUGAAUUGUCCAAGGUAAUGCUGUUAGAACAGAGAUAAGGAGGAAUUUCAUUAGCUAGAGGGUGGCGAACCUGUAGAAUUCAUUGCCGCAGGUGGCUGUGGAGGCCAAGUCAUUGGGUGUACUUAAAGCAGAGAUUGAUAGGCUGUCGAUUAGUAAGGAUGUAAAAAGUUACAGGGAGAAGGCAGGGAAACGUGGUUGAGAGAGAGCUAAUAAAUCAGCCAUGACGAAAUAGCAGAGCAAACUCAAUGGGUCGAAUGGCUCAAAUCAACUCUUAUGUUCUUGAAGUCAAUGCAAUUGAAUAUAACCCAUUCUAUUAUGUUGGCCUGGUUAGAGCUUGGCUUCAGUUGUUGAUAGCAUUGAUUUAUCUUUUAAAAACUGCCAGCCCUGAAUUCGAGCAAUUAGUGUAUGAGAAAAUUACAAUAUAUGACAAUGCUCGAGUGCAGUAAAAUACUGUAUCCCCUAAUAGACUGUUCGUACCUUUCAACUGCCACAUAAAUGGGAGGUUCGAUGACUUUAAGAAACUUUGAGAGAGCAGUCAUCAACUACCCUUUAACCCCGUGGCGACAAUUUUCCUCUUGUUUUGCACAAUUGGAAAUCUAUUGCAUGGAGACUGUUAACAGUUAGAUAGAUAAGCGGAAUCUCUUUUAGAAGCUAAGAGUAAAGGGAGAUCUCCUUGAAAAUAGAACAGCACCAUUGAGGAGGAGGUCUGGAAACCUCUCACUGAAAUGGAAAUGGAUAAUGGAUCAAUUAGGUCAUAAGUGGGAGUGACAAUGACUUUCUAAAUGAGGGCAUUAAGUAUUAUGGUAAAUGUACAGAUCGUCCAAGAUCCAACUGAGUGAUAGGGCAGACUUGAUCGGCUGAAUGGCCUGUUCCUCUUGUUCGGGACUUAGCUUUCUUUCCAGGUGUGAGAGAAUCAGGAACUUCAUGGAAAGCAGUUGGCAAAUGUUUAUCUGAGAUAGUUAAUAUUUUCGUGGGAGAAGAACAGAAAGGUAACUUUUGCACAGAAGUGUGUUACGUUGGAAACAGAUGGAGAAGGGGAUCUGCCAAACACAUUGACUGUGAAGUCAAUGCAGUAGCAAUAAAGUCUAUUAUUUGUGCUUUUAGUGGGGUGAACAGUCAUUUCUGGGUAUCUUUUCCCUAAAUUUCUAAAUGCUGCCUGAGUGUGGGGAGAUAAAAUUGGAAGUUUAACAGUGGGCUAUUUCAUUAGAGAGGGUCUUUAAUGUGGGCUAUUGAAAUCCACACAGGAGAGCUAAGCAUCCCAUUACAAAGCAGAGCCCUCUGUCGUUAAGAGACCAUUCUAAAAGGCCCAGGCCUUGGAGCUGGAGUAACACACGCACUCUAUCGAUUAAGGCAUUAGAGAUUAACUCUUGAAUGUGCACUGUGCAACAUGAGAUGUGAAUAUUUUAGUUUCGGGCAGCUAUUGCCUGUGCACUGAGGUGAACCUUCCUACAGAAGCUCUAUUUAAUUUGUACUCUUGUUACUUACUUCCUCCUGAAACAAACUUCACUGUAGUGGAGUGAUCCAAACUGAACCUGCUUCAUUGUUGAAGUGCGAUCAAACAACUGUAAAGGGUCAUGUGUCGUAAAUAUUCUCUGUGUCUAUUUAAAGACUUUUUUUUUGUUCUGUCUUGUAUGUGUUUUAAUAUAUUGCUCGGUGUCUGCCAGUAUUACUGUUGCGUGGAGAUGUGGCUGUAUCGUUAUCUAACCAACUUUAGAAUAGAUAUGUGUGCAAUCCAGCGCUUGAGUGUGGGUCUACACUUUACCAGAAUAGAACAACCUUGCCAGGUAGAAUGUGACCUUGGUGUGUUUCAGCUGGUCCGGGUGGCAGGAGCUGCCGAUGAAGACUAUUCAAGUGAAGUAACACACUGGCUUAAUUAGGAGCUGUUUCUCCCCGGGUAGCCUAUAGCACACAUGCCUUCCAUCGCAAGGCCAAUAGUACUUUAACGAUUUAUUUUUGUUUGUUUUAGAUGUGAAAGGACGUGGGAGUUUGGAAACUUUGAAUGCACUUGUCCUGAGCUUGGCACUGCAUCAGUGUCUCUCAGACACUAGCCAGGAGGUGUCAGUCUUGAGGCCUGGCUUAUCGAACAACUCUGUUCACUCUCUUCUCAUGGGUCAGCCCCAGCAUCAGAGACAAACCUAUUCCCAAUACAAAGUGACUCAGCUCUUUUAUUUAGAUAAGCUUUAGUACCUAUCCCCAUUCCCCUUUCUCAGGCUCAGGAGAAUGGGACAACUGGGACACAAGGAUGUUAGUCCUCUGAGAUCCAAACUAAAUGAAGCUUUCCUUGAGGGAAGUGCUUGCUACUCGUUCUGUCAUCUACUUGUAACAGGCUGAGGAGAAGUCCCAGGUAGUGAAUCCUCAGAGAGGAAUCUUGUACAGUACUUGAAUCACCCAGUGAAUAAUAUACAACAAUGACACCUAACACAUGUCUUUAAUGAAGGUAAAUUUCGUAGCAGUGCGGUGGCAUUGUUAAUGAUUAAUGUUUGGAUUUGUACACCAGGCCGAUCCACUUUCAUCUCCGCUAAAAAUCCGAAUGGUCUGAAAAAGCAAAGAAAGUGAAAGCCCUUCUGAGAGCAGACGGGCAGCACCAGGACAGCACAGGGACCUCGGCAACGAGCCCUGUCCAGGGAUUGGUGCACCUGCGUCAGAAGUGCAGUGGAUUGGGAACACUAGAGUAGACGCAGUGGCCUUUCUCCUCUUCAGUAUUCAUCUCCAUGGGUCGACUGAGAAUGCAGCCCCAGCUGCUUAGCUGUUUCAUUGGCUUGGACUAGAUCCCUGAUGUAACACCUCCCUGAUUCUGAGAGCGAUGCCUAUAGGUCACCAUGUUCUCAAACAUUCUGCAAUUGAUCUGACACUAGGGAGGGGGGCAUCAAUAAAAUCUAUUGGGAUCGCCAGCCUGGAACUACUUUAUAGUCAACAUGCCAACAUUUAACUUGCAACCCUAGUGUGUCUGUGUGUGUGACCACACAGGGCAGGCCACCAGGACAAGAGAAUCAGAUCCAGUGUUUACUGUAUACUCCUGAAGUAGGAAGCAAGGUUGGCUGGGCAAGUGAGAACACCAGCAAAGUGGGAUGGGAGCCUGCAGACAGGAAUUAUCCUUCAACCCACCUCACUGCCCCCAGGGAUACCUCUUGCAGUGUUGGAGGUACCCUACUAAUAAAGACAGCCCAGUGCAAACCCUGGGUCCAAAUUCCAGAUGUACAUGGGGUUGAAUUUUUUUCUGCCUUAUACUGAAUGCAGCCACGUUGUGUCUCUCUGGGUCCGCCUGCAAUCUUUUAUCGCUCUCUUGUUGAUAUCUUAUUUCAAUAUGUUUGCAGAUAAAUAAUGUAUAUACUGAUGUUUUGCACAUAUUGUAAUUAGAAUAAUGCCUUUAUGGAAACAUAAAUACUUAAUUUCUUAAUAAAUAUUUUAAACAUUUUAUAAUAAA